AUGGCCCGCACCAAGCAGACGGCGAGGAAAUCCACCGGCGGGAAGGCGCCACGGAAGCAGCUGGCGACCAAGGCUGCAAGGAAGUCUGCUCCGGCGACCGGAGGAGUGAAGAAGCCCCACCGCUUCCGUCCAGGGACGGUGGCCCUCCGUGAGAUCCGCAAGUAUCAGAAGAGCACGGAGCUGCUGAUCAGGAAGCUUCCGUUCCAGAGACUGGUAAGGGAAAUCGCCCAGGACUUCAAGACUGAUCUCCGUUUCCAGAGCUCUGCUGUGGCGGCGCUGCAGGAGGCGGCGGAGGCUUACUUGGUGGGUCUGUUUGAGGAUACUAACCUAUGCGCAAUUCACGCCAAGAGGGUGACGAUUAUGCCCAAGGAUAUCCAACUGGCUAGGAGGAUCAGAGGCGAGCGAGCUUGA